CUUAACUGAUUAAAUAACGUCAUAACCAUAUUAAUUUGGAACAAUGAAACUCUUAUAUGGGUCAGCGGCAACCUACCACUAGGUUGAACUCGGACUGCUUUUUUUGAAAGAAUCAAAACGCAGCAUCUCAUUAAAGAGGCAGGGGAGCCAAAGGUAACAUAGCCUAGUGGUGAAACCACUGGACCAAUUGAGCUCUGGAUGUGGGAGGUCCUGAGUUCGAUUCUCAGUGGCGCCACUUGAGCUUUCCCGGCGGCACCCUUGGUAUCGGAGGCGAAGCCUCCCCGAUGUUGGUAGCAGAAAACCCCGGUUAGUAUGCAGGUACCCCCAGUGGUUUAGUAGGUCCCGAUGUCGCUCAAGCGGCACGUGGGACUGAGGUUCCCUGGGUUAUCAAAUAAAAAUUAAAGAGGCAAGGGCCGAAAAAGACAUUUAUACUCUUCCGUGAAGCUCUCAGGAUGCAGCAUUUUUUGAAUCUCUACAAUUUGGAUUGAUGAAUAUGCUUCAUAAAUUUUAUAGAUUAGAGAACAAACAAACAAAAAAUCCUAUCCAAUUAGAUUUUACAUAUUUGAGACCGUGAGAGAUAGAAAUGUGACAUAACAAAUUACAAGAUUUGAUCACUGAAAUUGCUUAUUAAUUUGAUGCUUGCUGGCGACUAAAAAUAGCACAUCUAACUUUCAGUUACCGGUACAACUAUAAAGUAGUGAGGGAAAGAAAGACAAACACCAAUUACAUGAACCCAUAAACCAGCAGUUAAGUGAUUACUUAUUUGAGCUAAUGAAUCAAAAUUUGGGUUUGUUUAUGAUGAAUCAGAAACCAGAGCGGACCAAUCUGUUCUAGCAGUUUCAAUGGCGGGUUGGGUGCACCUAACAGCAAUUAUCAGAUCAGGCACUGGAUUUAGCUGGUUCCCAUCAAAACUGCAUAUAUUAAUACUACUGCUCUAGUCGUGUAGUAGAAUAUACUGCAAUAUUUUUCCAGAUUGUGAAUUUCAUUUCCCAGUAAGGACAUGACGGUUGACUCCCAAGCAUGAAGCAACCAUCCCCUUCCAUGUUCUUUCUUUCUGUUUUUUUUUUCCAGAUUCCCACUUUUAAUAUUUGUUUUUUCCAGAUUCCCACAUGACAUACUCCUUUGGGUUUUGAUUGAUGCAUCUUUAAGGCAACGAAUACAGUCAGCGAUGUGGAAUUGGCAACCACCCCUUAACCUAAUCUCCCCUGCCUCCCAACUUGCAAAAACUAUUGCUUUCGGACCAUCAACCGCAUUACAGCAAUCGAUUGCUUUCCUAAACGGGAAGCAGCACCCUUCGGGUUCAAAGACAGGCAUAGAAGUUGAAAAAGACAGCACCCAGAAAGACAGCUGACGUUCAACAACUGAAUCUGUGGAUCGCUUAAAAAACAGGGCAAUUCGACAUUAUAGCCCAAUCGGGAGAGGACACAUUCAACAAGCUUGCUAAUGGCGGCACCGCAGGUGAAAAACGGUAGCGCAUUUGGUACUAGCACUAGCAGCAUCAGUGUCAUGGCCUCGUUCAUGACAAUGGGGAUCCGGAGCAGCUUCCAUUCCCUUGUCGCCCUCCUCCUCACUUUCCUGGUCGUGGCCGCCGUCUACGUCACGCAGAACGGCGGCAAGCAGCUGGUGGAAGAGACGGCCACGCCGCCGAGGAGUAGUAAUCUGCUGACGUCGAGGUGCGAUUUGUUCGCCGGGAAGUGGGUUUUCGACAAUUUGUCGUACCCUUUGUACAAGGAGCAGGACUGCAGUUUCAUGUCGGACCAGCUGGCGUGUCACAAGUUCGGAAGGAAAGAUUUGGAUUAUCAGCACUGGAGAUGGCAGCCUCACCAAUGCGACAUUCCAAGAUUCAAUGCGACGGCAUUGCUGGAGAGGCUAAGAAACAAGAGGCUUGUGUAUGUUGGGGAUUCAUUGAAUAGAGGGCAAUGGGUCUCUAUGGUUUGCCUGGUGGAUUCUGCCAUUCCUGCAGAGUUCAAGUCUCAGAAACACACAGUCAAUGGCUCGUUGAUAGUCUUCAAAGCACAUGAAUACAAUGCGACCAUAGAGUUUUAUUGGGCUCCGCUCUUGGUAGAGUCCAAUUCUGACGAUCCAAUAAGCCACAGAGUUCCGGACCGAAUCGUUCGGGUUCAAGGAAUUGAAAAGCACGCCAAGUACUGGACCGAUGCAGAUAUCCUUGUUUUCAACAGUUACCUCUGGUGGCGACGUUCCGAAAUGAAAGCUAUGUGGGGAUCAUUUACUGGUCCUGACGGUGGAAUAGUGAAAGCAGUGAAAAUGCCACGAGUAUAUGAAAUGGCUCUUCAGACUUGGGCCGACUGGCUUGAAGUUCACAUCAACCGAACGAAAACCCAACUCUUCUUCGUCAGCAUCUCACCAACCCACCAAGAAGCACAAGAGUGGGGAGGGAGUUCAGAGGGUAACUGUUAUGGUGAAACAGACCCAAUCUUGAAAGAAGGGUAUAGAGGAAGAGCUACUUGCCCAAAAAUGAUGCAAGUGGUUGACAAUGUGCUAGAUGGAUUGAAGGCUAGAGGAAUGAAUGUUCAGAUGAUUAAUAUUACACAACUGACAGAGUAUAGAAAGGAAGGCCAUCCCUCUAUCUACAGGAAGCAGUGGGAACCAUUAACCGAUGAACAAAGAAUGAAUCCCAGUAGUUAUGCAGAUUGUAUACAUUGGUGUCUCCCUGGAGUUCCAGAUGUAUGGAACGAGCUUCUCUAUGCAUAUAUUUUGGACUUAUGAUGUAUAAAACACUAAAAUCUUGUCAUUUUACGAUAAGAAAAAUCCCAUGAAUGUAAGGGUUUCUCUUAUAAUUCAACUUGUUCAAGACAUGCAAUAGAGUGAAUAACAUACAAAAUUGUAUUCCACGUCAAUCUUCCUCCAUUGCUCCGAAGAAGUUUGAUGAUCUUUUGAAAUGUCCAUUACUUAAUGCAAUUUUUAUAUUCAAAAAGCUUAAAUGCUUUAAGUUGGAGAGAUCUAAUAAAGCUUCUAAUGCAAA